GAGGGCGGCUGUUGAUGUGCAAAUGUGCAUCAUGUUGAAGGGCUGUGAAUGGGGAGGUGUGACGUAAAAAGAGACCCGAGCGCAGGUGCUUAUCUCGAGGCUGUCAAAGACACAGUAUGUCAUAUUCCCGGGGACUACCUUUCAAAGCCACCGCACCGGCGCCAGCUACCAUCAACAGCACCAGCAGCAGCAUCGCUGGGAGGAAAUCAAACUUUUGGGGAUCGCAGCACUUAGGGAAUGAAGCCCACGAACAGCUCCUGAGAGACAAGACGAGUGUCGAUAAGGCCCAAGAGUGUGGAGCUGGCAUCUUUCCCAACACAGCACCCUCCAAACAACAAUCAAAGAUGGAUUCUGAAGGCGAGGAGCAGAGCGUGAAAAUCUGCGGCGCAGAUCUGACCAGUCAAGACUUUAUUGGUGAGACAAACAGCCAGUAUGGGUCAUCGGUUCGUAAGCGGAGCGCUCAGGACGGGGUGCAGGGCGCCCCCAUCAACAAGCGGAAGUCCCUGCUGAUGAAGCCGCGCCACUACAGCCCCAGCGAGGCCUGCGAUGAGGAGAGCGAGGACCCAGCGCCGCGGCGGCACAAAGAAGCGGCGAGGAGCGCCGACACUCCAGCAGAUGGAAACUUGAGUCCAAUCAAUGGCGCGCCGGACAGAAAUGGCCGCUCCAACGAUUCACUGGGGUGGUCGGAGGUGACGCCUGAGGGUUCGCCGCAGCGCGAGGUCAGCACGCCAGAAAUGUACGACGACGAUGAAGAAGAAGCAGAGGACGACCAAAGUCAGGACAGGCUAAGCGGGUCGUCAUCCCCGCAGAGCCCAAGGGAGCUUCGGUGGGCCCUCUCCGCAAAAACGAACGGCUUGAGCCCCUCCGGAAUCUGUGACGACCCUUCACCCCUGAAGGAAGAACCUCAACCGGACCUGAGCUCAGGCCUUUUCCAGAGAUACAGGCCGGAGGAGGUGGAGGAGGAGCGAGACAGCGACAUGGAGGUGGAGAGACCCCCGCGGCUGGAGGGCUGGGCGCUGGACCACCUCCACCAGAGAGGCCUGGAAGUGGGCCACGGCAGAGUCAAUCUAAGCCUGUUGGAGCAGGCCAUUGCCCUGCAGACGGAACAGAGGCAGGUCCUGCAUCAUGCCUACCGCGAGAUGGACCGCUUCCUCAUGGAGCAGAUGACCAAUGAGAGGCGGCAUCAGCGCAUGAUGGACAUGGACAACAGGAUCAGCUGCCAUUCAGGCAAAGACUCUCCGCGGACAGACAAGCGGGACAUCAGGUGUCCCACGCCGGGCUGCGACGGCACGGGUCACGUCACCGGACUGUACCCCCAUCACAGAAGUUUGUCCGGGUGUCCUCAUAAAGUGCGAGUUCCUCCAGAGAUCUUGGCCAUGCACGAGAAUGUCCUAAAGUGUCCCACUCCCGGCUGCACGGGAAGAGGCCAUGUCAACAGCAACCGCAGCACCCACCGGAGUCUGUCGGGCUGCCCCAUCGCCGCUGCGGUGAAAAUCUCCAAACCUCAGGACGAGAGCCUGAAAAACAGACAAACGCCCGAUUGCUCGCCGAGGGUCGUGGGACUGGUCAAGAAGUUCGACCUGAGCCAGCUGAAUUACCGCCUGGCUCAUCCGAUGGCCGCCCUGCAGAGCAGUCUGGCCAAGGACAUGGACAAGUACAGCAGGAUCCGCUUUGACUACGCCAGCUUCGACGCGCAGGUCUUCGGAAAGCAGCCGCUCAAUGGCGUCAGCCACGACGUGGAAGUCUCACGCUAUCCCGACUCACCUCAGCAGUAUCAUCCUGGCUUCCUGGCGGCUCCAGGCGGCCGCUUGCCGACCUCCGGCCGGCACAGCCCACCACCUAGUCACUUUAAGCAAGAAGACGGCGGCCCCCCAAGCGCCGCCACAGCUGCCAUCCUCAACCUCUCCACUCGCUACCGGGAGAGCGGCGAGACGGCGGCCAUGCGGCCCCUGGCAACCUCAACAAAGGAUGCUGGCCACGUCUGUUCAAAUCGGCUACAUCCUUCAUUCAACCGAUCACUUAAUUCGCCCUCUGAAAUUAAGGACAUGCAUAUAGAGGUGGAUGAAAACGGCACCUUAGACCUGAGCAUGAAGAAAAGUAAGGAAAGCGUCCAUUCCAAAGCGCCUUCGGACGACCAAGUGCUCUCGGAGCAGGCGGCGGCCAAAGGCUGUGGCGGCGUGCUGAUAAGCCCCGCCUUCUACCGUCAGCUGUGCGACAGGGACAGCUGGGACAGCCCCGUUCCCGUCGACUUUGGUCAAGCUCACGUCUUACAUGAGAAUGAGCAGGAGGAGUUUGAUCAAGUCAGCAUGGAGGAGCAGCACUACCAAGGCGAGGCGGGCAUGAUGAAGGCCAAGAUGCUCCUACAGAGAGAGUCCAAGAAAGAGCUUCUGAGCUGUCCGACCCCGGGCUGUGACGGCAGCGGCCACGUGACGGGGAAUUAUGCAUCGCAUCGGAGCGUGUCUGGAUGUCCCCUGGCUGACAAGACACUCAAGUCGCUGAUGGCAGCCAACUCUCAGGAACUCAAGUGCCCGACACCUGGUUGUGAUGGAUCGGGACACGUGACGGGGAACUACGCGUCGCACAGAAGCCUGUCAGGGUGUCCACGUGCCAGAAAAGGAGGUUUAAAGCUCACCCCAAGCAAGGAGGACAAAGAUGAGCAAGAGCUUAAGUGUCCGGUUUUUGGCUGCGAGGGGCAGGGCCACAUAUCGGGCAAGUACACGUCUCAUCGCAGCGCCAGCAGUUGUCCGCUGGCCGCUAGGAGACAGAAGGAGGCCUCCUCCCUCAACGGGCUGCCCUUCGCCUGGAAGAGCAACAAGCAGGAGUUGCCUCACUGCCCUCUGCCCGGCUGCAACGGCCUCGGUCACGCCAACAAUGUGUUUGCCACGCACAGAAGCUUGUCAGGAUGUCCGCUGAAUGCGCAAAGUAUCAAGAAAAAGCACUCGGAAGAGGAGAUGAUGACCAUCAAACUGAAGGCCAGCAGCGGCAUUGAAAGCAAAGAGGACGGUCAACAUUUGGAGCAGGACAUUGAGCAACUGAAUGAAUCCAACAUGCAAAUGGAGGCGGACAUGAAGCAGCUGCAGACGCAGCAGAUCUCGUCGAUGGAGUGCAACCUGAAGAGCAUCGAAGAGGAGAACAAGAUGAUGGAGCAGCACAACGACGGCCUACUCAAGGAGUUGGCUCGCCUCAGCCAAGCGCUCAUCAGCAGCCUCACCGACAUCCAGCUGCCUCAAAUGGGGCCCAUCAGCGAGCACAACUUCGAAGCCUACGUGAACACGCUGACGGACAUGUACAACAAGUCGCAGCGCGAGUAUUCGCCCGAGUGCAAGGCCCUGCUGGAUAACAUCAAGAAGGCCAUCAAAGGUAUCCACGUUUGAGCUUUGCCGACCGGGCGCACGUGCGACACGUCAAUGUCAAAGGCCGCUUUGAGAGACGGCCACGUUUGUACUGCUUUUCACUUUGGUUCCUUUGAUCCUGCUGAGAUUUCCACUUCUCUUGCACUUCGUUUUCUUUUGAUGACAGCUAUUUAUGAUGAUGAUUCUUAUUAUCCAUGAUUAUCGAUAUCCUAUUUGUCCAUCGCUGUAUUUAUUAUUAUGAGCAUUAUUAUCAUUUGACUCAUGUGUAUUUAUUUCUAGAGAUGUAAAUGAUUGAGAAUCUCCCCUCCACCCCCCC